AUGGGAAGGUACUCGGUCAAAAGAUACAAAACGAAAAGAAGAACCAGAGAUCUCGAUCUCGUCUACAAGGAUCUCGCCACCAAGGAGUCCGUAUACGCUUUGAAGAACCAGGCGUUGGACGAAACCAAGCCUGGGUUGGGCCAAUACUACUGUGUGGAAUGUGCCAAAUACUUCGAGUCCCAGCCCACGUUGGACCACCACAGAAAGGGCAAAGUGCAUAAGAGAAGGUUGAAAGACCUCAGGCAGAGACCGUACACGCCGCUAGAAAGCGAGGCGUGUGCUGGGUACAACCUCCAGAAGUUCAUGGACUCUGUGGAGAAGUACAAGCAGACCGAACAGUAUAAGCACGAGAACAAGCAGGAGCUUGAUUCGAUCAAGGAUUCCAAGAAGGACAAUUUGGAUGCACUUAUCACGGGGAUUCCAUCGGAACAGGCUGACCUUGAGAUGAAGGAUUAG